AAAAGAAUCCUUCCUCGCCGUGACACGUCAACGCGACACACAACGCUAUAAAUAGAGCCGUGAAGCUCCUUAAAGGGUUAAGUGGCCGGUUAGUCGUACGCCUCUGGCGACGGGCUACCGCGACAAUCGGCAACACUCGAGUAGACACCAGAGAGAUUCCCCGAAUCGGACACCGAAUCGCAUUUGUUGACCGUUUGAUUGCAAUUUCCAGGUAUUGCACCGCUGGAACUAUGAGGGGCGGAAAGUUCUUCAUCUUCAAUAAGAAGCUGCUCUGAGCAUCGUUUUAAUCAGGAUCCUGACAUCCUGAGCCUCGAGGAAGGCUUUAAAGAAAGAAAAAAAAAAAAAAAAAAGCCAAAAAAAAAAAAAAAAAAAAAAAGAUAUACACGUAUUAAAGGAAAAGAAACUAUAUAUAAAUAUAUGAAAACGGAAAAGUAAAGCGCAAUAGAAAUGUAUUACUGACUACGUAGAAAUCGGGACAACGAUAAUAUAUUUAAUAUGCGUAUGUGAGGACGGAAGUAAAAUAGACUGCAAAAAGAGCCGGGACGUGUAAUUCUUCACAUGCGCGACGAAAAUUAUACGUGUCUCGGGUCGUCGGUUAUCAAUUAUCAAAAAAAAAAAAAGUGAUAGACGCGUCGCAGAGAAAUUUAAAAAAAACAUUAUGCAUAUUGUAAUGUGAUGUAUGAUAUAGGACACGAUAGAGCCUCUGCCUCAAGCGCUUCUGGACAUACUUGGAAGGAGCUGGGCUUUGACGAUGUCAAUUACGAAAGGAAAGAGAAAGAGAAAAAAAGAUAAGUUGAAAGAGUAAUGGAGGGAAAAAGAAAAGAGAGAGAGAGAUAGAGAGAGAGAGAAAGAGAAAGUGAGAGUAAGAUAAAGAAAAUAGUGCAGCAACCGUAUCCUAUGAGGUGAAAUGUAAUUGUCGACCAGGACAACUUCGUACUUCAUUGACAAAGGCACGCCAUGACUGACAAAAGUGAUGGUGAAUGAUGGAUAUGGGCACCGCAGAUCCCACUUUGGACAAAUAUAUUGGGUGUAAACCACAGUGUAUAAAGGAGAUGCAGCAAAGUAUAUGCGCAUGUACACAUUAAAAAAACGGAGAACUCGUAUGCGAAUGUAGGUGUCCAGCAUCUAAGAUAGCAUUGGAUAUGGCGAUUCUGCAAACUUGUUCAUCCCCGACACUCUUCUGUGUAUCAUACUAACACUGGAUUUCUUAAGAUUUUUCUUGAAUGUAUGGAAGCACGAGAAGAAGGGAGGGUCUUCUACUAGGCUUGGGUAAUCCUCUUCUUGAUAUUUCAGCUACAGUAGAUAGGGAUUUUUUAAAAAAAUAUGAUUUAAAAUCAAACGAUGCAAUUCUUGCUGAAGAAAAACACAAGCCUAUGUAUGAUGAAUUAAUUGAAUUGUAUAAAGCAGAUUUUAUUGCUGGUGGUUCUGUACAAAAUACUAUGCGAGUAACACAAUGGUUCCUGGAGAAACCAAGAAUUGCAACUUAUAUGGGUUGCGUUGGCAUGGAUAAGUACUCUAAAAUUUUGGAAGAUAGAGCACGAGCAGAUGGCUUAAAUAUUCGUUAUCAGUAUACAAAGAAAGAGUCUACUGGUACCUGUGCUGUUCUCAUUACUGGAAAUGAACGUUCUUUAUGUGCCAACUUAGCUGCAGCUACCUGUUUUUCACCUUCACAUAUAGAAGAAUCUGAAAAUAAGAAGCUUAUAGAAAUGGCAGAAUAUAUUUAUGUUUCUGGUUUCUUCUUAACUGUAAGCCCAGAAACUAUUCAGAUAGUUGCUCAACAUGCUUUAGAAAAAAAUAAAAUGUUUGUAAUGAAUCUGAGUGCACCAUUUUUAUGUAUGUAUUACAAAAAACCAAUGUUAGAAGCUCUUCCUUAUGUAGAUAUCUUAUUUGGUAAUGAAGCGGAAGCUGAUACAUUUGCAAAGGUAAAUGAUUUUCAAACCACAAAUAGAAAAGAAAUUGCAUUAAAAUUAUCACAAAUGGAAAAAUUGAAUAAGAAGAAGCAAAGAAUUGUUAUAAUAACACAAGGUCCUGAUAGCAUAUUAGUUGUUAAAGAUAAUGCUAUAAUGGAAUUUCCUGCUGCAAAACUCCCAAACGAAAAGGUUGUUGAUACUAAUGGAGCAGGCGAUGCAUUUGUAGGAGGUUUUUUGGCACAACUUGUACAAGGUAGAAGUAUAGAAGUUUGUAUAAAAUGUGCAAUUUGGGCUGCAACUCAAAUUAUACAAAGAUCUGGAUGUACUUACGAAGGGAAACCUGAUUUCACUCCUUGAUCAUACUUAAGCCAGUUAGUAACAAUUGUAAACUCGGUACUUAAUAAAUUAUUUAUCAACUUUUUACCUCGA